AUGUCGUUUGCUGUUGAAGAUACUGCCCCUCACCGGAGUUUUGUUGACAUUCCCUAUGCUGAGUUAGGAGCAGUGCAUCCAGAUGCCAGUGUCGUUGGUCCUACGGAAAGGUAUUACAAGUGCAGUGGUGAAAAGGCUGCAGAACUCAUGGGUAUGGGAAUUGGUCUGAAGACAGGAGACUUACGCGAGGUUGGCAAUGUUGACAUUGAGCCAUAUUGUUCCAUGAAGCUCAAGAAGAAGGUAACACCCACACAGAGGCACAUGGUCGAGGAAAUCAGACGCCGCUGUAUCCUGGAGGGCGAAGAGGAGCCUAAGUGCAAGUGCUGGGAGAAGAAGAAGUGCAUUCAAUGGUUGCAGCAGCAUCCCAUUACGGAUACUCAAGACAUUGCCUUUGUCAUCAAAGAAGAGAAGAAACUCUUUGAUCUGGUCACCAAGGCUCUUCUUGAGAAGCCCACGGACAAGAAGGAGAAGAGUGCUCCCUGGAUUCAUGCGGAACCAUACAUUCGUCUUAUUGAGUGUAUGGUGCAUGACUCCAUUCGCGACAAGUUCUUGGACAUGCAGAAGAUCGGCGACAGAGAUGAGCUUGACGCGAGGAACUCAGAGAACCGUCCGGAGAACAUCUUUGAGGCCUGUGCUCGGCUGUUCAAUGAUGCUGACCACGAUGUUUAUUCACGCUGCUUACCUGAGUUGCAUUUCACUUUCGCUGACAUCUUAGAUUGUUCUUUCGAAAACAUGCCAGGAAGGAUAACACCUGAUGAAGUGAAACGCCGUUGGGGUGACUGUCGCGCUAAGUUGAUCAAGAUCAUCUCGAAAUGGGAACUCAGUGGUAAUGGGUUUGGUCAGCGUGCUGAAGGAGAUGAUGACUUUGGUCAUUUGGCAGAGACGCAGUUAGAGUGUGGUGAUAAUAGAGCCAACUUCCUUGACUCGCAAACAAAGGAACACAUCCUUUACCUUUGGCAUGUCGCUGAUGAAGCGGAGAUCCUGAAGAACGUCAUGUGUGUCAUUCAUGAUUCUUGCGCAGCAACAUCUGAAACCUGUUCCUCUGUUUCGGCUUCGGUGAAUGCUGUUGCCCGUCAGAAGAGAACCGAUGAAAGGGCUUUGGGUUUCUUCCGUGCAAAGAUGGGACUUGCCAUGCAUACGAUGUCUCGUGCGGCCAUCUUCAAGGAACUCCGUGAGUCUCAAGAGAAACUAUUCGAGGCUCAGCUCAGAGUCAUGGAAGUAACCAGCGAAGAACUCAGCGAGUUGUGGAUGGGUAGAGUCCGCUAUCUGAAGGCCAAUGAGAAGGCAGUUCAGGAAUGCUUGGACAGUUUGGAUUUUGAAGAAUCGCAGAAACCAGCUGCCAAAAAGAGGAAGACAAAGAAGGGAUCUCGAAUUGUUGUGGUUCCCGCUGAGCUCCUGGACAGCGAUGACAGUGAGGUUGAAGAUGAUGAUGAUGAGGAUGGUGAUGUUGCCGGAUCGAAAGCGCCAUCCGUGGGCUACUAG